AUCCGAAAUCGUUUCUGCUGUUUUGUUAUUUACAUCGUCAUUCAUCGCGCAUCAGCGAAAAAUUUCCUACUAAUAAGUGGCAGGACGUCAACGAUACGGAAGUUUAAUUUCGCAAUCAAUCACUUAUUUUUUAAACUGUAGCUCUCCGGGAACCGUUCAACAAUAUCGCUCAGUGUUGGUUGCCGUUUCGUAGAAAAUUCCCCUUCACUGCUUCAUUUCCUCAGGGAGAAACCAGCGAUCACAAAAAUGUUCCAGUUCAAUGGCUUUAAUAUGAUGUUUCCGGACCAUUCCCGUCCGUUUAAUACCACCUACAAGUGCUAUUCGGUUUCGAUGCUGCCUGGAAACGAACGCCAGGAUGUCGAGAAUGGAGGAAAAAUCAUCAUGCCCCCUUCAGCUUUGGAUCAGUUAACCAGACUGAAUGUGGAGUACCCGAUGCUGUUCAAAUUGACCAACAACAAAAUCAACCGGAGCACACAUGCCGGAGUGCUGGAGUUUGUGGCGGACGAAGGGAAGAUCUACAUUCCCUACUGGAUGAUGCACAAUCUCCUGCUAGAUGAGGGCGACAUAGUGCAGAUUGAGAGCGUAUCCCUCCCGGUGGCCAAAUAUUCCAAGUUUCAACCGCAGAGCGUCGAAUUUCUAGACAUUACCAACCCGAAGGCCGUGCUCGAGAAUUGUCUGCGAAACUUUGCCUGCCUCACGACGGGUGACCUCAUCGCAAUCAAAUACAACAACUACACGUACGAAUUGUCCGUGCUGGAGACGAAACCCGGUCCAGCCGUCACCAUCAUCGAGUGUGAUAUGAAUGUGGAAUUUGCGCCACCCGUGGGUUACACCGAACCGCAGAAGAAGGCCAAGGAGGAAGAGCCGAUGGCCGUGGAUCCGGCCGAGCUGAUGCCUGAACCAGCUGGUUUCGUUGCAUUCAAGGGUUCCGGAUCGCGACUCGAUGGCAAGAAGAAAAAGGAUGGCUCUGUGUCCGAGUCGGCGCCAGCUCACAGGGCAAACUACGUUCGUGGCAUUCCGGAUUACGAUCAUCCGUUCGGGUUGUUGCGAUUCGACAGGACCGUCCGCAAGGUGGAGUCCAACGAGGACAAACAGGAGGAGGAUCCAUUCGAGGCCUUCAAGGGCGCCGGGUUCAGUCUGAAGAAGAGUCGGAAAUGAGUUCCGUCGGACGCUGCAGCAUGAUGGCGCGCGGUGAGGAGAGGCGGAUGUUUUCUAACUUUUGCUGUAAUAUGUACUGAUCUACUACUGCUGCUGUGUGGACUCGGAAUAAAAUCGUAAAUUUAGAGUGUGAUACCGAUAAAA